AUGACUCGCUCCAUCUUAACCACCAGCAAUUCUACACAAUGUCCUUCCGACCCUUACCUAGACCCGCGCAACGACCCGUGUAAUCCCCUUGGCUAUAUCGCUAGCAUUCCGCCAACUGCCGUCGCCUUUAGUCUUGUGCUGCUGAUCGCUUUCGCCCAAACUUACCGAAUUAUCUAUAAUGGUGCGAGGUGGAUGUGGCCCAUGGUCGUCGGAGAAUACAGCACGUCACAAUCUCAUGCUUUUUAUGUCAUAGGCUUUGGGUUUCGCUUCGCUUUGCAUUAUAAUCCUGAUUCACUGGUGAUUUACAUCGUCGAAUACUUGUUGAUCGUUUUAUCUCCCUGUUUCUUCAUUGCCGCAAAUUACGUUCUCCUUGGUCGCCUUGCCAGGGACAUCGGCUGCACCUAUCAGGUCUUGCUUCCAGUGAGACGACUCACCCUCAUUUUCAUCUUGUCCGACGUGACUACCUUUGUCAUACAGGCGGCAGGAGCCUCAAUGACUACGUCCACCGUUCAUAAUUCUGCUUUGAUAGGACUUCAUGUCUUUUUGGCUGGCCUCGUUGUGCAACUGGCCUCAUUCCUUUUCUUUUGUGUCAUUUUCGCACGAUUGCUCUACAAGGUCCACGCUGAAGUGCAGGUCAUUUGGAUGCAAGACUCAAAGCAACACUGGAAUAGCGACUGGCGAACACUCGCCGCUGCCAUGGCGAUCAGUUGUGUCGGCAUUCUGAUUCGUUCAUGCUACCGUGUUGCGGAGGCCGCUCAGGGCUUUGAAGGCAGCCUCGCAUCAAGCGAGAUAGCAUUCUACCUAGGCGAUACACUUCCCCUUCUUGUAGCCAUCGGGAUCUAUGUUCCAUUCUGGCCCGGAAGGUUCAUUACAGCCAAGCUAGCGCCCUCCGCCAACGAAUCGCAAGAUGGUCAGGAGUUAGCAUUUUCUCGCAGUGAUUUAGGCUACAAUCAUGAAGUACGCACAGGGGUGCUUAGUGACUAGUGACUACAGUUAUUCUGCUUUUAUUUAUUACUCAGUCUACUUGUUAUAUUAGGAUAUUCAUAGCACACAAAUAGGUGCAAUAUAAGGACCUUUCAGCUCGGGUAGUGUUAGUUCACGUACGUUGUUU